UCCACCUCCACACCACCACAGCAAAAUAUUCCACAUUCGUUUAGACAACCCGGUCCUAGACGCUGCUGCAGCUGGGGCAUAUAUCGCCAUCAAUCUAGCGAUUGAAUUAGAGAGCCAAUACCUACUAUGGCAGAACUCACCACGACAAAGCUCAAUGCUGAAUCACACCUCCUUCUCGACCAACCCCUCCUCCGCAUGCCCUACGAGCUCUCCCGCCGCAACUUCAAAACCGCGCAACGCUACCUCGAACGCGAGCGCGAAACGCUCCUCGCCUCCUUGCAGACGGCAGCGCGGGAGUCGGCGAAAUCCAGCUCCCCAAGCACCACGCUCGAAUCCCUCGAUACCAUGCUCUCCCGUCUCCAGUCGCUGAAACGCAAGCUAGAAGCACUGCAUGCCGAAGAAAUGAAAAUGCACGCGAGUAGUAAAGCGCGGCUGAACCAUCUGCAGGACUUGUACGACGUGGGGAGUCUUGUGGACGUCAAGUAUGAUGAAUGGAGUCGGACGAGAUUGUCGCGGCUUUUGGUGGACUAUUUGUUGCGCUCUGGGUAUAGUAAAUCUGCGGCGUAUCUGGCGGCGGAGAAGGGGAUAGAUGAGUUGGUCGAUGUCGAGGCUUUUGUGCAGUGUCAUAAGAUCGAGCGAUCGCUGCGGGAGGCGCAUCGGACGAAUGAAGCGUUGGUGUGGUGUCAGGAGCAUAAGCCGAGUUUGAAGAAGGUGGGGAGUCAGCUUGAGUUUGAGUUGCGGUUGCAGCAGUAUAUUGAGUUGGUCAGGCAGGGACACGAGAGUUUCGAAGGGGGUGGAGGUGGUGGGGCAGGGACGGGAAAGUUGGUGGAAGCGAGAGUACAUGCGAAGAAGUAUUUGAGUGGGAAUGGGGAUAUGGAGUUGAUGGGCAAGGCGGCGGGGUUGUUGGCUUAUAGGCCUUGGGAUGAGGUGGAGCCUUAUGCGUCGCUCUACGCAAAGUCCCGCUGGGAACACUUAGCCCACCUCUUCCUUUCCACACACCACACUCUGUACUCCCUCCCGCCGCGCCCCCUCCUUCACAUUGCCCUUUCGGCCGGUCUCUCCGCCCUCAAAACCCCGUCCUGCCACUCCGCAUACACAUCCUCGUCUGCCAACGCCAGCUCCAGCACCACAACCGUGUGCCCUAUUUGCUCUACCGAACUCAACGAGCUCGCCAGAAACGUCCCGUAUGCACACCAUACUAAGAGUAUCGUAGAAAACGAUCCAGUGGUUCUUCCCAACGGGCGGAUUUAUGGACGAGAGCGGUUGACGAGUUAUAAUGAUAAAGUCGGGACUGAGAAGGGUUGGGUUAGGGAUCCCGUGGGCGGUGUGAAUGGGGAUCGGUGGAAGGAGGGGGAGGUGAAGAAGGUAUUUAUUUCGUGAUCGCUUGGAGUUGUUGCGGAUGCGGCAUUGGCAUGGGUUGCUAGGAUAUUGUACACACAGAAACAAUGAGGUUUACUCUGCAUGCAUAGCGAGGCGUAAAUGCGACGGUCGAAUCGGCAGACGGAUUGGUUUAGAACAAAUCCCGCCCGGGAAGCUGGAGGGAUAUUGAUUCGUUGAGAAUAAGCGGCGUCCUAUAGCUCCGUAUAAAUCAACAUCAGCUCUUC